CGUCCAGGCUGGGCGCGGAGACGUGUCCGCCGGGGAGAGCCCAGUCUGGGUCGUGGGUGGAGAGGCCCUGCCCGGGCCAGUGGGCCGCUGGGGAUAUCUGGAUGGCCAGAGGAGGGCCUGCUGAGAGAGUCCUGUCCAUGCUCGGGGGGCCUCUGGGGACAUGAGGUGGGCGUGUAUCUGGCUCCUCUGUCCCCUGGGCCCACUGGUCUUGCUCUCUGCAUCCACAAACCCUCCCAACAUCCUGUUAAUCUUUGCGGAUGACCUGGGGUUUGGAGAUUUGGGAAGCUAUGGGCACCCCACCUCAGCCACGCCAAACCUGGACAAGAUGGCGGCCAGGGGCCUAAGAUUCACCGACUUCUAUGCCAGCUGUCCACUCUGCAGCCCCUCGCGGGCGGCCCUGCUGACGGGUCGGUACCAGACACGCUCUGGGGUCUACCCUGGCGUGUUCUACCCCGGCUCCCGGGGAGGCCUCCCGCUGUCCGAAGUCACCAUCGCGGAGGUGCUGAAGGCUCGAGGCUAUGCCACAGCCAUGGUCGGCAAAUGGCACCUGGGACUGGGGGCCAAUGGCUCCUUCCUGCCCAUCCACCAGGGCUUUGACCACUUCCUGGGGGUGCCGUACUCCCAUGACCAGGGCCCCUGCCAGAAUCUCACCUGCUUCCCCCCAGACACCAAGUGCUUUGGGACAUGCGACCAGGGCGUGGUGCCCGUCCCACUGCUCCUAAACCAGAGCAUCCUGCAGCAGCCGCUUGCCUUCCCCCAGCUGGUGCCGCUCUACAACAAGUUCUCUCGCGACUUCAUUGCUGGCUGCGCCCGCCGGGGCCACCCCUUCUUUCUCUACUAUGCCUCCCAUCACACCCACUACCCCCAGUUUGGGAGCCAGGAGUACGUGGGCCAGUCGCUGCGGGGCCCCUUUGGGGACGCCCUCAUGGAGUUUGACGGCUCAGUGGGGCUCCUGCUCCAGGCACUGCAGGAGAAUGGCCUGGAGGGGAACACGCUGGUCUUCUUCACCGCGGACAAUGGCCCUGAGACCAUGCGAAUGGCCCGUGGGGGCAGCUCGGGCCUCCUGAAGUGCGGAAAGGGAACGACAUAUGAGGGCGGGAUGCGGGAGCCUGCGGUGGCUUAUUGGCCAGGCCGGAUCUCCCCGGGUGUGACCCACGAGAUGGCCAGCACCCUGGAUGUCCUGCCAACCCUGGCUGCCCUGGCUAAGGUGCCUCUCCCCACUGUCCCGUUGGACGGCUACGACCUGAGCCCGGUGCUCUUUGGAGGUGGGAAGAGUCCCCGGCAGAUGAUGUUCUAUUACCCGCCCAGCCCCAGCGAGCUGCUUGGCGUUUUUGCCGUCAGAUACGGGAAGCACAAGGCCCAUUUCUUCACACAAGGUGCCUUCCACAGUGGGACGACCCCCGACCCGGACUGCCAUGGGCUGACGCCCCUGACGCCCCACGAGCCCCCACUGCUCUUUGACCUGGAAACUGACCCUGCAGAGAACUAUAACCUGCUGCAGGGUGGUACUGUGGGGCUGGAGGUGCUGUGGGUGCUGAAGGAGAUCAAGCUGCAAAAGGCGCUCUUUGACCAGCGCAUGGAGUUUGGGGAAAGCCAGAUAGGGAAGGGCACUGACCUUGCCCUCCAGCCCUGCUGUGCCCCCCACUGCACCCCCAAGCCCUCCUGUUGCCACUGCCCCUAGUCUGCCUGCUGCAUUGCACCCUCUAAUUCUCCUCUUGCCACGGCCUGGAACCCCCCUGCUUGUCGAAAGCCUCCUGCUGCUGUGCCCAUCUCUCUGCUACCACUCUCUAAAGUCCCUGCGUUGGCCUCCCCGCUGCUCUCCCCAAACCUGCCUGCAGCUGGGUGCGCUGCGUUGGGGUGCUUCCCUGGCCAUUGGAGCUGCCCCCAGACUCCCGCUCCUCAGGCCUGAUGCUGAGGUCCCUAUGUGCUGGCUGCGUGGGGGUGGG